AUGGAUAUGCCUGUCAAUGUUCCCGUCGAUGAUCCAAAUGCAGACACAGAAUGGAACGACAUCCUUCGCAAACAUGGCAUCAUCCCCGAAAAGCAACCGGAUCCGGAACCAAUAAUUCAAGAAGCUUUACUUGAAGCGGUGAAGAAGGCUCAUGAGAACCGGCUAGAAGACAAAGAUCUAGAUGCACUUCAUGACCUCGAAGACGAGGAAGAUGAAGCAUUUCUAGAGAUUUAUCGCCGGAAACGCCUCGCCGAGCUUGCAAGCUUGCAGAAAAAGUCACUUUAUGGUCAAGUCUUUGGGCUUCAAAAGCCAGAUUAUGCGCGGGAUGUCACGGAGGAAUCUUCCAAGGCAUAUGUUUUAGUUAAUUUAACAUCUUCCCUAGGCACCAAUGUCGAGUCUCGGGUCCUGUCCGACAUCUGGAGACAAGCCGCAAGAAAAUUCGGAGACAUCAAGUUUUGCGAGAUGCGUGCCGAUCUGUGUAUCGAGGGCUAUCCCGAGAAGAACACGCCGACCAUUCUAGUCUACAAGGAUGGUGAUAUCAAGCGCCAAGUUGUUACUCUGGCCCAGCUCAACAGUGUGAGAACAAGCCUGGAAGAUCUUGAGCGCCUCCUUGUUGAGGUCGGCGCGCUCACGGAGAAUGACAUGCGGCUCAAAGGAAAGGAGGAUGACGAUGAGAUGAAAAACGAUCAAGACGAUGACGAUGAUGACGACUGGGACUGA